AUGCCUAACCAGAACAAGCCAACCCCGCCUCUUGAAGAGAUCACUCCGCAUAUUCUCAGGUACUGGAAAGCUCGUCAAACUGACAAGAAGAUUGUAGAGAACUUGCGGAACCACUAUGAUACAUCUUGUUAUGGACUAGGGAUCACGAAGUUCAAAGAGAUACACAAUGAAAUGGGUCUUUUGCGUACCCGCAAGCAGAACCACUCAAUUGAAUCUAUCCACGAAGCUAUGGUCGAGCUCCGCCAGGCAUACCCAAAUGCUGGUGCGCGGGAAAUGGUCAUUUUGCUGUUUCACGAAAAGGAAAUGAAUGUGUCAAGAAAUCUGGUGAUAUCAUACUGUGCCGCCUAUGAAGCAGACCUUCGCAGGCGGUUCUGGGCUGCUGGUGUCAAUGAUAUAUUGGCCGUCGACCAGCACAAUAAGUGGCUUCGAUUCGGUCUUGCGUUGCAUACUGGGGUAGAGCCAUUCUCUGGCCGUAUCAUGUGGAUCCGAGUCUGGAAUUCGAACCGCAACCCUCAACUCAUUCUCACAUACUAUCUCAAUACCAUCGAGAAACUGGGCUACAUUCCAAUGGUGACUCAGAGUGAUCCUGGCACUGAAAACUACGGAAUCGCCAAUGCACAUACCAUGCUGCGUCAAAUGUAUGAUCCAGCACUGCAAGGUACAUUACAACACUGUUGGAUGCGAACAAAGAAGAAUGUGAAACCAGAGAUCACCUGGUCUCAGUUAUGGCAUCAGUUUACCCCUGGUUUUGAAACACUUCUGGAUGAAGGAGUGGAGAAUGGCUGGUAUGAUAGUGACAACACCCUUCAGGUCAUGAUCUUCCGUUGGGUCUUCAUUCCAUGGUUGCAGUGUGAGCUAGAUAGGUAUCAGGACCAUGUUAACAACACCCUCAAGAGGCCAGAUCGUAACAAGGUGCUUCCACACGGUGUACCUAAUCUAAUAUAUGAGUCUGCAGAAGAUUUUGGAGCUUUAGACUUCAAGGUAACAGUCAAACAAGAUGCUAUAGACCAUGUCCGCAAUAUCUAUGUGAAACCCGAUCAUCCUGUCUUUGAUUUGGUUCCCAAACCGCUCAAUGAUCUUAUUCAAGACUGUUAUGAUGAUUUAGGCCGUCCUCCAGUCACUCGCCAGUCCACGUGGACAAUUUACUUAGAUUUGUAUCAUUCCAUUCAGCACUCUGCACAGAUAUCAGUCAUUGUCGAUUCUCUUACAGAUGCCACCGACUCGGAUGAAGAGCCUUUGCCUCUCCUCGAAAGCCAAAAGGACCUGUUUUUUCAUGGGGAUACUGAUAGUGCUUACUACAUGGGUGGUAUUCACGGUGGACAUGGUCUCAAUGCAUCUGAUCAUCGCCGGCUGGAUGAACUGGCUGAGCUGGAUGAACCAGGUGCCGACUUACUCCCUACAGCUCUGAUCAUAGAAGAGGAGGGUUUGGUCAUUACAGGAUUCUCUGAUGAGGAGGACAAUGAUGAAACAUAUGUUUGGUAG